CGGGGAGGGAGUGAGUCACCUGACCGCUGCCCGCGCCGCCCGCCGGGCUCGCUCGCUGCCGUCAGUCGGGCCGCGCGGCGCCUCGGCUCUGGGAUGCUCGUCUGUUGGGAGACGGGAGUCGCUGCUGGGACUGUGACCCGCGGAGGAUGCCGCUACCGCUACCGGGCCUUUGUGCGUGCACGUGCUUUAGCGCUCCCGAUGGCCGGAGGCUUUGCAUUUAGAGCAGUCCGGAGAGCUCAGGGGCGGAAUACGCCAGACGUGUCGGUGACUGAGCACUUGAGCGCUUCACAUGGUCAAGCAGAGAAAUGGGAAGAGGUAAAAUAGAUUUACACCACCAUGAAACCUGGACUUCUGGCUUACUCGCUGGAUAACAUUAACAGAACUGAAGGUUUGGUGAGUGCAGCGGACAGAGAGGCGGGCACCCGCACCUGUGAUAUCUGUGGCUCUCCUGAGUGGUGAGACUGGGUUGGCUGGAAUAGAGUGCUUGAUUCAUUGACUUGGAUGGGCAACAUUCUUUGGAACUCAAAGUCUUGAGUUAGAUACAAACAGGAGCAUCGUACUCUCUCUACGCACACAUUCCCAUAGUGGGAGGAAAAGUGGUCCUGUGGAUUGAUGACGACUAGAAGCAUGCUUUCACUGGACUUCCCGACACCAUUUGUUAUGCAGAAUGUCUCUGAGUGAGAGCGCGGUUUUUGCCUAUGAAUCUUCCGUGCACAGCACCAAUGUCUUGCUCAGCCUCAACGACCAGCGAAAGAAGGACGUGCUGUGCGACAUCACUGUCCUCGUGGAGGGCCAGCGGUUCCGCGCUCACCGGUCUGUGCUGGCGGCAUGUAGCAGUUACCUCCACUCGAGAAUUGUAGGCCAGGCCGAUGCAGAGCUUAACAUUACUCUACCAGAAGAGGUGACAGUUAAAGGAUUUGAACCUUUAAUUCAGUUUGCCUACACUGCCAAGCUGAUUUUAAGUAAGGACAAUGUGGAUGAAGUGUGCAAGUGUGUGGAAUUUUUAGGUGUACGUGACAUUGAGGAAUCCUGCUUUCAGUUUCUCAGAUUUAAGUUUUUGGACUCCACUGCUGACCAGCAAGAAUGCCUAAAAAAGAAAUGCAUGCCAUCACACUGUCAAAAAUCAGACCUUAAAUUUUCACUUUUGGACCAGAGGGAUUUAGAAAUUGACGAAGUGGAGGAAUUUUUGGAAAAUAAAAAUGUUCAGACUCCUCAGUGGAAACUGCAUCGGUAUCAAGCAAAUACAAAAGUAUCAUCUCCUCUACAAGACAGUGCCAGUCAAACCUGUGAAUCCAUGUGUUUAGAAAAGGAUGCUGCUCUGGCUUUGCCAUCUUUAUGCCCCAAAUACAGAAAAUUCCAAAAAGCAUUUGGAACUGACAGAGUCCGUACUGUGGAAUCCAGCGUCAGAGAUGUUCAUGCUUCUUCUGUUCAGCCGAAUGAGACAUCUGAAAAUGAGUGUCUGGGAAGAAUCCAGGACUGUGCAGAUCUGCAGGUGAUUUUAAAAUGUGAAGAAAGUAAAUCAGCAACAGAACAUGAAGAAACCAAGAAGAAAGAUCCUGCUUCUCAGUGCCCGUCAGAAAAAUCAGAAGUGACUCCUUUCCCCCACAACUCAUCUGCAGACCCUCACGGGCUCUAUUCUCUGUCCCUUUUACACACCUAUGACCAAUAUGGUGACUUGAAUUUUGCUGGAAUGCAAAACACAGCAGUGUUAACAGAAAAGCCUUUGUCAGGUACAGAGGUUCGAGAGGAGAAAACAUUUGGUGAAAGUCAGGAUUUACAUUUGAAAUCUGACUCUGGCCCCAGGGAAGAUAGUAGCCUUGCCUCUAGUGAUCGGAGUAGUGUGGAACGCGAAGUCGCAGAACAUCUAGCAAAAGGCUUCUGGAGUGACAUUGGCAGCACAGACUCUUCUUGCCAAAUGCAGUUAUCACCUGCUGUGGCCAAAGACAGUUCUGAACAGAUCUACUCACAGAAGCGGUCAGAGUGUCCCUGGUUAGGUAUCCGGAUUAGCGAGAGCCCCGAGCCGGGACAGAGGACUUUUACAACGUUGAGUUCUGUCAACUGCCCUUUUAUAAGUACUCUGAGUACCGAAGGCUGUUCAAGCAAUUUGGAAAUUGGAAACGAUGAGUAUGCUUCAGAACCCCAGCAGGAGCCUUGCCCAUAUGCUUGUGUGAUCAGCUUGGGGGAUGACUCUGAGACCGAUACCGAAGGUGACAGCGAACCCUGUUCAGCCAGAGAACAAGAAUGUGAGGUAAAACUGCCAUUUAAUGCACAACGAAUAAUUUCACUCUCUCGAAAUGAUUUUCAAUCCUUGUUGAAAAUGCACAAACUGACUCCAGAACAACUGGAUUGUAUCCAUGAUAUUCGAAGAAGAAGUAAAAACAGAAUUGCCGCACAGCGCUGUCGCAAGAGGAAACUUGACUGCAUACAGAAUCUUGAAUCAGAAAUUGAGAAGUUGCAAAAUGAAAAGGAGAGCUUGUUGAAAGAGAGAGAUCACAUUUUGUCAACUCUGGGUGAGACGAAGCAGAACCUAACUGGACUUUGCCAGCAGGUCUGUAAAGAAGCAGCUCUCAGUCAAGAACAAAUACAGAUACUCGCCAAGUACUCGGCUUCAGAUUGCCCCCUCUCAUUUUUAAUUUCUGAAAAAGAAAAAAGUACUCCUGAUGGUGAGCUUGCGUUACCGUCAAUUUUGAGUUUACCUGAGGGGCCUCCCGCGGGGCCACUGCCGGCCUGCGAGCCAAGCCCUCGACAUCCCAGCGCCAAGGGCAGCGGGUCAGCAGCCUGUGGGUCCGGCCAGGAGCCCCGGGCUGUUGCCAGCACUGCCCUCGAGCAGGCCGGCCUCGUGGAACCUUGCCGGCAGGGCGUGGGCAUCUCUGAUUUCUGCCAGCAGAUGACCGACAAAUGUACUACUGAUGAGUAAACUUGCAUUCACUUCCUUUCCACCACUCAUUUUCUACUGCAGUUGUGACGUCUUAAAAGCAUAAUAUAGUUUCUGUCUCUUGACAUUAUUGAUUGUGUUUUGGUUCUUUUUUUUUUUUUUUUUUUUUUUUUGCCCCCAGUAGUUUUCUGUUAAGGGAAUUCCUCUGAAGCCAAUCCUGACUUUCCUUGAUUUCCAUGAGAUGCAGAAGUUACAUGCCUCCUGGAUCCCAGGAAAACAAAACAAAACAAAACAAACCACAUGUGAAAAUGUCAUAAGGCUUUUAAAAAGCUCAUUUUUUAAAGAAUAACAACUGUUAGUAAUAACUCUUCCCGGUAUGCAAAAUAAAUUUGUGGAUGAAAACAGCCUAUCAAACAGCAGUCUGACGGCUUGAAGCGUCUGCAGAGUUCCUACUGAAGAAGUCUCCCAUCACAGUCUCGGGAUCUGACCUUUUUGCACUACACUGGUUUAAAAGAAGAUGCCUCCCUGCGUGACGCUGGUAGAGCUCAGCUCUACCUUGCAGUGGGAUGUCAGCUAGCUGGGAAAACUUGUGUAGAAUCGCAGUGUGAGAAAGACCUGUCUUGCCUGAAUCCUGGAGCUUUGCUCUUCUCCCACUAGAACCAGGGACUGGUUGGCCUGACUGCGACUCUUAAGCUUCUUUGGGGGUAGGUAGGAGGGAGCGGCCCGUGCUUGGCCCACGGGGGACGCUCCUGCUCCUGUGUCGGCUUCAGAAAUUCCGGCCCUGUAAACAGUACAUAAGUGUCAUUUUCCCUCCUUUCUUUUUUCCCUGCAGUCUCUCUACCACAUCCGGGGCCCUCAUGAUCUGUUUCCUGACAUUCUUGUCCUUUUGGAAGAAAUAGGACUUGGGAUACAGUGGUGUGAGGGGAUGCACUGGCAGCACUGUUGUAGCCUCCCCAGACUCUUUGAGAAUUUCCCAAAAUCCAAGGUUGUUGGCCUCCCCACCACAGGUCAGCCGUGCAAGAAAACCAGGCAUCUUUCCACCACGGGGAAAGAAAAUUGCUAACAUUUAUCAGGAAAUAUCAUCCUAUUUUUGAAGUCUUGUGGUUUACUUGUAAAAAAAAAAAGCAUUAUUGUAGAUAAAAAUGUAUUUACAAACAACUGUGCAGGUUUGUGAAAUAGGAUGAAACUCAGUCUUAUUCCACUGCAGGUUGGAAUUUGGAAACCAGAUUUAAUCUUUCUCCCUUCCCCAAAUCUGGUGUAUAAGGGCACACCAGUCAUUUUUACUUGGGCAUUUUGUAAUCGAUCUUUGUGUUCAUGCAGUCCUGUUUUAAAAUAAAGCUUUUAUAAUCUCAGCACCUCCCCCGUAACUUUUUCAGUGGUUCUUAGCUAUUCUGGUGUUACGGGCUUGUUUGAGAAUCAAAUAAACCGAUAGACUAUGAACUUUUUAUUACCUAUAUUCACCUUGGCAGAAACAUUUGGAGAGCCUGGUGUUAAAGGGUGGAUCGUGUUUGGAUUGGAAAGUAUUUAAUUUCAUCAAGAUCAGAGACCUUGAGAGACUUUUAUCGCUUGCAUCCUGAGUCUAGUGGAGGACCUGUGUAGCUAACAUGGGAGAUAAGCAUCCAUCCUGCAGGAGCGAGUCUGAAGCAAGUAGACCUUUGUCCUAACAGCAUAUGGGGACCAGUCUUAAUAUUUCAGAAUUAUUUAUCAAAUGUUACCCUUUUCAGUGGGGAGGUGGGGUGGUUGGGGGAGAUAUUGCUAGCAUAUUAUCAGUGGUUGUAUGUUAUCUCUGUUACUGACUUAGUUGUAAGAGAAAACUUGUUGGGCUUGUUUAUUUUCUAGAGGCUUUUUAUAAGUAUACUUAAGAACUUGUCAGGGAGAGUAAUUCUAUGAUAAUGCAUCCCAUAACUACAAAAGAAUUGUGUGUGUAUACCAUAUAUAUAUGUAUAUAUAUAUAUACACACACACACACACACAUACAUAUAUAUUAUGUAUAUGUGUGUGUGUAUAUAUAAUAUUGUCCCCCCCACACCCCCCCGUAGCUGUUUCUCUGAUACUUGUAAUUUUAGAUUUUAACUUCAAAGUAUAAAAUAAUAUAAAAACUUUUCUGGUUUACAAAAUGUAAAAUCUUAUACAAACCAAUGGAAUCCUUGAUUUCCUACCUCAGUGUACACUCAACUGUUUGUCAUAUCAGUGUGUGUAUGUGCAAAUGUCACAUAACCUUUUGCUUUAAUUGCUACUGUAAAUAACUGCUUUGAAAGGUUACUUAAUAUUUUAUGAUACAACCUAGUUGUCUCCAGAAUUUAAAUAUGAUUUUUAAGACACUUGGUUUAAAUUUCUCUCUACAUAUAAACAGUUUAGCAUUAAGGGUUUAUUUUAAUGAUAUUCUGAUUAUUGGCCAAGUGUAAUAUUUUGUAAAAUAUAGCAUUACUUUUAAUAGCCAGCAUGUAAUACAAGUAACUACACUACCUCAUACUUACAUGAUUUUCAAAUUGUAAUACAGAGGGACAAAGAGAGAAAAGAUUUUAUCUUUGUUUUUCGGCCAUAAGGUGGGGAAGUUUUCUAUAUAUUGCAUAGCAUUAUACAUUUAUGCCUAUUUUAACAUUAACUUCUAAGGAAGUUUUUUUCUAAGAAAGUUUGUUUUGAUUUUUUUUUUUUUAAGGCCGCCGAAGAAGACAAAUGACAGGAUAAUGUAUAUACAGUGUAUAUCUUUUCCUUCAUGCAGAAUUUUGGAAAGGUCGUUUUCAGUUUGUAUAUGGCAUAUUUACAUGAUCACUGUUCUUUAUUAAUUGCUUGAUGAUAUUUAAAAGACAGUUAUGUCUAACUCAGCAAAGUAACAAUACCUUAAAAUCGCUUUCAUUAUUUGAAUUCUACAGCUAUAGCAAAUAAUCAUUUGUUAAAUUGUUACAUUCAGAACAAACAUGGUUAUAAAUUAAAUCCUGGUUCUCCAUCUGUAAAUUUUAUAACCUAAUUUACUAUAGCUUAAUACUUAACCACUUUUAAAUAAGGAGUUAAAUAUAUUUGAUGCAGUAGACGAUACAGGUUGCAUGUGGACACUUAACCACAUUAACAACUUGGGGAAAAAAAAAUCAAAUGGCAAUGCUAUAAUUCUCAGGUGAACUUUUUUCAGUUUUGAAACACCUAUUUUGAAACUGUAAAUAUUUUAAGUGUUUUAUUAGGCAUGUAAUAAACUAUUCUUUGAAAUCUAUUGGGCAGUUUGAAAAUUUAAAGCCAUAAUGGUAAAAGUUGGCAUACUGAUGGUGAAAUAAACAGAAAUAAUAACAUCUAUUGAUUUUUUGUAUCUUUCAUAAUAUAAUUUUCUAAUAAUGCAAUAAAACCACUAAAUUUAUAUAUCCAUUCCUGUUAAGAUCAUGAUUCAUUAAAAGGCAACUUUCACAGUAUUUAAUUUACAUUCUUUCUCAUGUGCUCAUCCAAAUGUAGCAAAAUCAUAAAUGUUAGAUCUUGGCGAUAAAUUGACAGAUAAAUAAAAUGAUCUAAAAUUGCCUCUAA